CGGCGACUCAUAAAAAAAAAAAGAAAAAAGAAAAAAAAGAACUGGCGACUCUCUUGCUCAUAUGCUGAUGCAUAGCAGGUGUGCCCGAUGUGAAGGCGGAGAGGUCUCUGGACAUGCGCCGGAGGUCAAGGCGGAUGCGACCUUCUCAUUUGCAGACGCCGACUUUGUCGCUGUGGCGACCGGAAAGAUGAAUCCUCAAAUGGCAUUCUUGAGCAUCGCUAUUCCUAUCGUCGAGAAACUCGAGACGGCUGAAAAGGCCCAAAGCAGAAAGAGGACUUCGGUGAAGGACAUGAUUGUGGAUGGAGGCCUUGAAGUUAGUGGUACUGUUCCGGGGCUAGUUUCGCUGUUCUUUUGCAGAUUGCUGUUGGAUUUGGCUAAUGGUUCAGGUCUGCGAGUGGCGAAAAGUCGAAAACGUUCACGUUGUUCAAGACUGACAGAAGUGUUCAGGUUGUUCGAGGAUGACAAGGAUGUUGAGAUGAGUCAAGAAUGAUAAAAAUGUUCGAAAAAAAUGUUCGGGUUCGAGAAUGACUACGACGUUCGACAAAACAUUUAACCGUUGUGCUGAUGACGGUUCACUUGGCAUUUGGAUUAUGAUUGGGAGGUCUUCUCAGCCAAUGAAUUGAGGCAGAGGGGUAUAUAUGCAAGUGGGGGUGAUGCUAGAGGGCCUGGUAGGUAGACGCGGCUCUACCGUCGUCACCCUAAUAGAACGCCGGCCGGUCAUUAUAGCUGUAUUUGGUGGGCAGCUUUCAGUGUCGAUGCAGCGAUAAUGUCGUAUUCUACUGUCUUCUACCAUUCUUUGCUUCCAGUGGAAUUCGAACUCAGGUUUGUAUUUCAACAAUUCGGGGUGUACCGACUGUGAGCUAGUAGCAGGCCAGUUGGUUGUCUUCGAGCAUUCUAUUUGCAUGAACGUGGUCGCUUUAACAAUGUCUCUCUGACGGUAUUGACACAGCCAGGACUAUCUUUAUCUUUCCUUCGCUCAGCUUGAUCGCUGGUGGGGAGUGGCGGAGACGGCUUCAGUAUCGGAGACGAGCUUGUAGCUUGCACGGGUCAAUCGCAGACGUCCUGUUAGACGUCCUGUUCUCUACUUCAGGAGGAGAAUCCCUGCUUCAUAUUUAGUUGACAGCUGCAGUAAUUAGAGG